GGCAAACAUGAGAUUGAGUACAGAACUAGUUAAAUUUCUGCUGAUGUCGUUCAAUGUCUUAAGUUUGAUAUGCGGCUUAAUUCUUUCUGUAAUGGGAACCAUCAUGGUCACACAUAUCAAAGAUGUAUCUAACAUUAAGGAAAUGAUGUCCAUGAACACUGUAUCGAUCGCAACCUUAGCCAUGGGUGUGUCGGUCGUCUUAUUAUCGGUGCUGGGUUGCUGGGGUACGCUGCGCGGAAAGGUUGUUCAACUAAGGAUUUACUCGGUGAUCAUUUUAAUUUUAUUCCUAUGCCAACUGACCUUUGUCAUCUAUCUCUGGACGAAAUAUCAUGCUAUAUUAAUGGAUGUAAUUAAAUUUGUUCAAAAGGUGUUUGAACAACGAAAGACAGAUUUCAACAUUCUGCAUACAUUCGAAAGAUUCUUCAAAUGCUGCGGUGAAAAUGGCGACAACGAUUACAUUGUAAAUGAUGAAACUGUGCCCGGAUCCUGUUGCGGUCAUGCAGCUGCAAAGCCGUGUCCGAAACCUUUUCCUAUCGGUUGCAAGAACGCUGUAAAAAUCAUUUGGACAUCAUCUGCAGUCGUUAUCAAAUAUGGCGCCCUUAUACUUUCUGGAUUACUGCUCGUGAUUUCCCUAAUGGGCACUCAUUUGGCCAAUAGGAUCCGCAGCACCGAGGACUGAUAUAACGCUGUUGUAAUACAAGUAGAACUUAAGUUUCAAGUUAUUAUUAUUUU